CUCAUAGGGUUCACUCGUGUUCCCGGACAUCAUUCUGGGGAGCACCUUGCUGCUGCAUUUAUUUCUGUCCUUGAUCGCUUCGGGAUUGCCCAAAAGAUUGGCUGGGUUACACUUGACAAUGCCUCAAACAAUGACACAUUCAUGGAGAGUCUGGAGCUGGAGAUGCUGCGCCGUGGGAUUGAAUUUGACAAAGUUUCUCGUCGUAUUCGCUGUUUUCCACAUAUCAUCAAUCUUGCUUGCAAAGCAGUCUUAGGUGCUAUGACUAAUAUGGAGUAUGCCUCCAAUGAGGCAGCAGACUUCAUCCCGCAGGGUAACAUAAGAGAUCCCAUUGCGUCAGCACGUACUUUGGUCCGCACGAUUCGGGCGUCUUCAAUACGGCGUCAGUACUUUGCUGAGGUGCAGAAGGCGCUGCAACAGAGGGACCUACAGCUCCUUCGGGAUGUAGACACCCGCUGGUCAUCGACACUAUUGAUGAUUGAGCGUGUUCUACUCCUGCGUGAGGCGAUUGAGAAGUUCCUGUCCCAUUCUGAGUUUGAAGAGCUGCGCAGGUAUCAGCUGCAGAAUUCAGAGUGGGACCUAUUAGAGGCUUACAGGCAGAUUCUUGCAGUCCCGCAUGCGUUCCAGCAUCGCUUGUCAGCAGAGAAGACACCAACACUUUGCCAUGCUAUCCCACAUUUCGAGUCCAUGUUGCGUAUAUGGGAUGUGCAGAAGACACAGCUACCGAGCAUGGCUUCUGUUAUAGAGGCUGGUAUUGUAAAGCUGGAGGCAUAUCGCAAUCGUACUAACCCUGUCCCGGCAUACAUGCUGGCAAUGAGUGAG